GUGGCAUGCUAGCGUGAAAUGCCGUCCUCUCACACUGCACAGGCCGCAGCGACCCUUUCUGAAGGUAUUAAAGUCUGAUACGGUAAACGAUCAGAAUACUCUUGCACCUUCCGUGGCGUCUGCCAAUUUCAAGACCGGCAGCUGGAUAAGGGACACUUUGCUGCUUCAGAAGGGACGGGAGAGAAGGCGCUUCUCAAACGAGUCCAAUUGGCAGAUGCCAGAGCGCUACUUACAAAGGCCGCAGAACGGAGAGGCGGAGAAGUGAAAAAGGGGAAGUAGAGAGGCAGACUCGGAGAAGAGGAGGAGGUUUCAAAGAGGGGGGUCAAGGAAGCGCAUUGAGAGGGGGGUAGUUUGCGAAUCAGGGCGCCUCAAAUAGCUAUCUUCGCCCUAUUGCAGGCAGGCGAGCUCUGAAACAAUUCUGGUUUCCAGAAUGGCUUCCCAGUUGCAGAGUUUCGUCCUUGCUGCAGUACUAUGCCUUUUCUCUGUGGGGGCGCUGGGGGGCGGCUCAGCUAAUGACGGCAGCUCAGCGUCUGCUAUCCCAGCUCGCAUGCAAAAGACCAAUGUGAAACUGCCCCCCUGGGAAAGUUUCAUCCGUUCCAACGUCACCGCCUCUUGUGCCGACACCACCUCAUGGGACCACAAGCGCGCCGCCAUGGGGGGGCUCCAGCUGCAGGAGAAUGCACCCCUCAGUGGGAAACGUUCUUGGGAGGGGGUGAGGAGAAAGGUGGUUCCCAGGAACCUGCUGCCGACCUCAGAGGGAGUUCCCAUUUCGGCGGUCAAAGUCCCCAAGAGUGACCCUGCGAGGACAACGUUCCAUUUCCAGCCCCCACAGAACUGGAUGAACGACCCUAACGGUCCCAUGUACUACAACGGGCUGUACCACCAAUUUUACCAGUACAACCCGCAAGCCGCAAAGUGGGGCAACAUCACGUGGGGCCACACCGUGAGCCGGGACUUGAUCCACUGGGACUACCUCCCGCUCGCCAUCCAGCCCGGGCCGGACUGGUACGACAUCCAGGGAUGCUGGUCGGGCUCCGCCACCAUCGUUCCUGGGAAGGGGCCCGUCGUUGCUUACACGGGCCACAGCAACGCGUCCCAGCAAGUACAAUGCCUGGCUUACCCUGCUAACCUGAGCGACGCGUACCUAACCACCUGGGUUAAGGACCCCGGUAACCCGGUUCUUGCUACGCCUCCCCCCGGGGUUAGCAGCGACAACUUCCGUGACCCGAGCGAAGCGUGGCUGGGAUCGGACGGCGUCUGGCGAUUCGUGAUUGGGAUUGCGAAUGGGUCAACUGGGGGAGCGCAGGUAUACAAGAGCACCAACUGGAGCACGUGGACGGUGGGUCCCCGCCUCGCGUCGCACAACGGCACCGGCAUGUGGGAGUGCGUCGACUUCUUCCCGGUCGCCGCGAACAACGCGACAGGGCUGCCGCUCGCGGUUCUGGCCGGCGACCAGACGGGGCUGACCUACGUGCUCAAGUCGAGCCUGAACGAUUUCAGGCACGACUACUACAUCAUGGGCACCUAUGACCCGCAGCAGGACGUAUUCACACCAAUCAACACGAUCCAGGAUAUCGUCACUGGCUUCGACUUCGUUUACGACUACGGCAGGUACUACGCAUCCAAGUCCUUCUUCGACCCGGUCAAGCAGCGCCGCGUCCUUCUGGGCUGGGCUCUCGAAGCCGACUCCCAAGCGAACGAUCUCGCCCGGGGUUGGGCCUCGGUAAUGGCCAUCCCGCGGACUAUUACCGUCGACCCGGCGACACGUGGCACCAGCCUACUGGUCUACCCGGUGGAGGAGCUGGCGGCGCUCCGCCAGAGCCACGUGACGCUCAGCAACUUCACGCUCGCGAGCGGUGACAUCGUGCAAAUGAUUGGCAUGGCCGGGAGUAAUUUGGAUCUGGAGUACACGUUCGAGAAGCCGGUUCCGGCGCCGGAGAUCGUGCAAUUAGCGAUGGCGCAGCGGAAUAGCAGCCUCACGAACGAGAACGUGUGCAGCCCAGCCGGAGCCGAGCGCACGGGUUCGGUGGGCCCCUUCGGUGUGAGCGUGUUGGGUGCGGUGGGCAAUCAGGAGUACACGUCCAUCUACUUCGAGUACGUCAUGGGCGCCGACGGCAACUGGGCGACCAACUUUUGCGCGGACUACACCCAUUCGUCGACCCUGACGACCGUCGAUAAGCAGAUCGACGGCGGGCCUGUUCGCGUCCUGGAAACCGACACAACGCUGACUCUUAGGAUCAUCGUCGACAUGUCCAUCAUCGAGUCGUUUGCGCAGGGCGGCCGUGCUGCGAUCACGACACGUGUCUACCCGCAAGUGGCCAAUGACGCCAACUCCCGGGUCGUCGUUUUCAACAACGGCACGGCGCCCGUCAAGCUCCUGCAGCUCGACUCGUACCACAUUGGGUCGGUGAAAUUCAACCAGCUAUUUUGAUUUCCCGCUAGUUCGUAUUGUCAGUGAAGUUGCGUGGGUUGCAACGGAUUUUCGCUCUACUUGAGUGGUACCAGACUUUGCAAAAUACUGCUCGCUUGCGCGCGGCAUAUAUGUUUUGGUGUUGACAUACGCGGGGGUUGGUUGGACAGGAGAAACUCCUAGGACAGCAGGUGUUGGAGAAAGUUUAAUUAGACACAAGCUGUAAAGUGUUCCGUUAAGAGGUGCCCGCCGUAGAGCGUCAGUCCGAGUUGUAACAUAAUUAAGGUGCUUCUGGGGUUACGAGUCGCUGUUGAGUAGCAUAACUCGAUUUUGGCCGUAGAGGUCAGCGCCUUAAUAAAUGAUUGUUUUCGGUAGACCGUCAGGAAAGGCAUUGGUCAAAUGCGGACAGCGUCAAUAGAUCAGUCUAGCUAGACUUCUACUGCAUCCAAAUGUAAAGUUGCUGUUCGUCGACAAUCUUGUAUGAUAUCAGAGUCGGACGUCACUGCUCAGUAUCGCUUGUCAAUGAAUGCCCC